AUGCAGGAAGCUGAAGUCCGACUAUUAUUUCGCCUUGAUCUGCCUCUCAUGGUGAAGGCAGUUGCGAACGGCGAGAUCACAUCAUUUUCGGAACCUAGCCCACCUAGGUGGCACCAGCUGAAGGUUGCAGCGCGGCGUUUCCAGCAGGAGCUGCUGCAAUCGGGUGCUCGCCCAGGGCAGAUUGAGUCCUUGCAGGUGAUAGAGAAUCUCUAUGGUUUCCUGGAGGAGCGCGAUUGCGAGCAGGGCUUCGAUGCCUUGUGCAAGUCUUUCGAGUUUCUGUUUGGAGGGUUGGAGCAGGCACAAAAGGUGCUCGACGUGAACCGUGCCGGAACGAUUACGACCAUGGAGUUCUCGAUGGCCACCAGUCUUGUGGGGCUGGACUUGGCGCUUGUUUGUGGACUUGAUGAGCGGCAAAUUUUUGUGUCUGUGGACGAGUCCAACGACGGUUCAGUGCGCAUCCAGGACCUGCUGAAGUUCUGCAGCACCAAACCGUCAGAGCCAGAGCAGGCCAAGAAGAAGGCGGAGCGUUCGAAGCGCAAGCCCUCACCAAGCAAGGCCAAAGCCCAGAAGCGGCUUUCGACGACGGCAGUCAUUGAAUCUGCUGGAAUGAAGGUGCUGCAGGAAAGAACCUGCAAAGGAGUGAGGCUGCAAGCAUUGGUGGUGCCGAAGCCAUCGUCAGGCAAGGGUCCUCAAGCCACCAGCGAAGGCAUGGAUGCCGUGCUGGAUGAACUCGACGAAGAGGAGAUCGAUGAGUCCAUUCGUAGAUUGGCCAAGGAGGAGGUCCACCGGGCGCAGUCCAAGUGGACCUGCGUGGCCAAGUGGCUAUCCGCGGUGUUAGGAGCAGCCUUCCUUCUGGAUCCAGAUCAGGAUCGAGCAAAGACAUGGGAAGAUGAACGACAGCAGGCCAUUGAAGCCGUUGACGAGAUGCUCAUGGUCCCACUGGCAAGUGCAGUGCCAUCUGUCCGAGCUUCGCGCGAAAAGGCUGGGGCUUGGGCACAUGAAUCCUGCUGUAGGAGUAUUGCCAUUCGGUGGGCAAUCCGAGGUCGUUGCUGA